CUCUAUCAUUUCAGUUGUCACAGCUGACGAGUCUAAGACGACGAAGUGAACAUGUAUCUGAUCAUAUCUCAUUACAUUCAAUAUGCUCAGAUAUACGUUCACUUCUGCAGGCAGCAUAAAGCACUUCUGUUACAUGUACAACCAUUAUAUUUCACACAUUUCUGCUACGGCUUGCAUACAUGCUACAUUCUCAUGCAUACCUCCAAGUUAUUGUACAAGCUUCGCACAUUUCGUGAUAUCACACAUGUGUGUUACUCCUUGCAUAUAUGCUGCAAUUUCACGCAUACGUUAUACCACUCUGUUCGGGGUUUGUAAGCAGUAACCGGCCGUACACUCCAACGUCUUUGUUGUUCAAGUUGAUGUAUCUCUGAGAUGGCCAACACCGAAGAUGAUGUUACAUCACAUCAAGACCAUACUGCCAUUGGAGAUGAGCUGUAUGGACUGUCUAGAGAUCAGGGUGAUCUGCAAGACCUCCAGCUAGCUAUCAGUCAUUACAACACAGCCCUUACUGAAGAUGCCCUUGAUUCCCAAUGCAGCAGAAGCGACCAACUUUUGAAGUUGGGCACUGCUCUAUCCCGGCGUUUCGAUCUCGUUGGCGAUACUGCUGACUUGGACGUUGCCAUCCAUUGCCAACAUGCUCAAAUGCUCAUGAAACGCUUUGAGCUCCACAUGAAUCAAUCAGACCUUGAUCUCGCAAUUGAGCAAUACGCAUGCAUCUCCGAUGAAACCGAUCCUACACACAAAACAUGGCUGAUUGCCCUCGCCGAUGCCCUGGUCACUCGUUUUUCCCAUCGGGGAAAUGUCAGAGACCUUAGCCAAGCUAUCUACCUAUACGAGUCUGUAGUCAACUUCUAUGCCUCCAAUGCACCCACUUUUAUUCUCGGUAAUCUAUCCCUCGCGCAUUUCUUUCGCUACCAACAGGAAGGUGAUGCUUCAGAUCUCACAUCAUCCAUCGCCUAUUCUACAGAAGCUCUCGAUAAGAUAUCUUCCGAAGAUCAAAACCGUUCCGUCCUGCUCAAUAACCUUGCAAAUGGCUUGCUUUUGCGCUUCAAAAAGCUUGCGGGCGCUGAUGACUUGGAGCAAGCCGUCAAGUUUUAUGGUUGUGUUAUUGAACUAUGUCCAGCGGGGCACAAAGGGCGUCUCCAUGCUCUUAGUAAUCUCGCGAGUGCAAUCAUGAUCCGUUACGAACUACAAGCGUCUCCGGCAGACCUUGAAAUCUCCUUGGGUUACUUCCACGAAGCGCUCGAAAUCUGCCCCAGAAACCAGCCAGAUCGCUUCAUAUUACUCGAUAACUAUGCAACUACCCUUCGCAAGCGUUUUCAACACACCGGUGACAUGAUUGACUUGGAAACAGCCAUCAAAAAUCAUUAUGAAGUGCUACAUGUCUUGUCACCGUCUCAUCCCCAUCACUCUGACACAUUAUGCUCGCUUGGGAACGCCCUCCAGUCCCGAUUCGCGUGUCAGGGGGAUCCUGAUGACCUUGUUGCAGCUGUAGACCACUACAGCGAGGCUCUCCGCCUGCGACCUCCAUCACAUCCAGAACGCGCUGAUUUAUUAAGCAACCUUGCCAACGCAUCUUGCAAACUGUUCAACGAACAGAGAAACCCUCGUCUUCUUGACCAAUGCAUCGAGUAUCACUCUGAAGCGCUCCAGUUUAGCCCAGAAGGGUUUCGCCGGCCGUUGUUGCUUCACAAUCUCGCUUCAUCUCUUACUACGCGUUUCCUGUACCACAAUGACGCCAAGGACCUGGACCGGGCAUUGGAGCUAGGUACUUCUGCAUUGAAACUACGUGAAGAGGGCAAUGAAUACAGAUUGUCCACUCACGUCAUGCUAGCAAACGCAAAGGGUCUUAAAUACGGGCUUGAAGGGGAUCAUGCCAUGCUUCAAGCUGCAUUCCAACAUCUCGACGAGGCAUGCGGUAUGUGCACUCCUGGUCACCCAUAUCUUCUCGACGUUUGGGAAGAGUAUACCCGUAUCCACCUUCAUGCCUACUCCAAGGCACCGCAAUCCACAGACCACUUGGAGCAAGCAUUUCAGUACUUUAGAGCUGCGUCAACUCAUAUAUCUGGAGGCUCGCUGCCAAAAUUCCGCGUUGCGUUACGAUGGGUUAAAGAAGCGGAGGCACACAAGCACCCGUCAGCAUUGGAUGCCCACCAGAUUGUUUUGAGCAUAUUCGACCACCAUUUCACGACAAAGCCAUCCGUUGAAUCACGACAUCGCAUAGUCCGUGAAUACGCAGCCUCUUUGGCCGUAGACGCCGCAUCGUGUGCUCUCAGACAUGGGCUGGUCACACUCGCCGUGGAGAUGCUGGAGCACGGACGAGGUAUUUUAUGGACAUACCUCGCGCGUUUCAGGAUGCCACUGGAUGACUUGCAGAGCGCCGGUGAACAUGGCUGUCAACUAGCCUCUGAGUUUCUAAGGCUGGGUUCCCUUCUUGAAGCCGCCGCGUGUGGUGCUGUGACUGAAGAGGGGUUACAACACUACCGAUGUCUCCUCCAGGAAUGGGACAUCGUGGUAGAUCAGAUUCGGCUCAUAGACGGGUUCGGCGACUUUCUUCUUGCACCGAGCUUCGCUAAGCUUAAGGAAGCUGCAAAGAAUGGGCCAGUGAUCAUCACGAAUGCCAGUCAAUACUCCUGUGAUGCAGUAAUCGUCCAUCACAAGCACGAUCCAAUCCACAUCCCCCUGCCAGACAUCAAUACACCUGAUAUCCUUCGAUUGUCUGACCAGUUCAGGUACUUUGCUACCAGUCCCGGCAGAGGACGCUCCAUGGAAAGGGCGCUUACUGAGUCAUUACGUCAAAUAUGGGACACCGUUGUCUUUCCUGUAGUCGAAAGAUUAGAAUCUUCUCUUCACCUUCCCAAAGGUUCGAGGAUAUGGUGGUGUCCCACCGGUCGUUUCAAUAGCAUUCCGCUCCAUGCGGCAGCGUCGUUGCGGAAAGGCGAGAAAGGUCUACCCAAUCUCUAUGUUUCAUCGUACACACCGACCCUUUCUGCCCUCCUGCGGUGCCAGAAAUCACGUCACGUUCUCAACGACAAGACACCGCCACGGGUCUUAGCUAUAGGACAGGCAGCACCCACGGGUGGUUUUUCAAAGCUCGGGACGGUUGAUGAAGAACUCGAUUCACUUCAAAGCAUCUUAGCGCCCGCUAUUCCGAUGACACGAAUGACUGGCGAAAGCGCAACAUGUUCAGAGUCCCUCCGCGCUAUUCAUUCAAGCCCUUGGGUUCACCUUGCCUGCCAUGGGAAGCAAGAUGUGACUCGCCCUCUCAAGUCAUGCUUUGCCAUGAGCGAUGGACCUCUGACGCUCUUGGACAUUGUUCGCGCACCAUCCAAUUCCGUGCGGUGUUCAGAAUUUGCAUUCUUGUCGGCGUGCCACACCGCCGCUGGGGAUCAUAAAGCCCCAGACGAAGUUGUGCAUCUUGCUGCUGCGAUGCAGUUUGCAGGCUUUAGGGGAGUUGUUGGAACCAUGUGGGCUGUGGAUGACUCCGUCGUGGUCAAUAUGGUCUCGGCGUUUUACGAAGCCCUCCUCGAAAAAUCACCAGAGCGACUGGACUCUGAGCAUGCAGCAGUGGCUUUGAAUGUAGCUGCAAAAAGAGUGGAUAAAAGUGUUGUCCCACUGCAACAAAGGAUCUUAUUCAUCCAUGUCGGAAUAUGA